GGACUUUCAUGUCAGCCAUCAAUACCACCCACGUCCUAGGCACUUAGGAUUUUCGACGACCUGCUCACAAUUCCAGGCCGCAGUCCCAGACAGUGCGCUCCUCUACGCACGUAGUCUCGGAACUUGAGCUCUUAACCAAUCCGAGCUCCUAGCACACUUAAACUUUCUACCUCGUAGCAUUCACCUGCGUCCGUCCGGUCAACAUGCAAGGUUGCCAUCAACGCGCCCUCCGGCACACGUAUAUGCCGGAGCCCUGCAAGCGUGCCUUGAAGCAUCAGUUACCCAAGAGCAUUACAAUGGCUUGUAUCGCUAUCGCAGCCUUGGCAUGUCUUCAAGGCCUUCGAUGGCUCUCCAAGGGUUACAGCGAAGCCGACGACGCACUUCAGGCCGCUGCCUCGGAAGCCGUCUACGCGCCAUCCGAAGCCCAGUUUCUAGGGCGUAGCUACCGUCAGCGCAUUCUACAGGCUCAGCUUCGCGACAAGGACCUGCAGGUCAAGUACCUGCGCACCCAGCUCGAAUCGGCCGUCCAAGCCAGCAAACUGAAGGACGAUUCCAUGAAGGCCGCAGAAAACUUGAUCCGCUGGCUUCGGGAACGCGAGGACGCCGCCAAGCAGGGUCGCAGUAAGGCCCAGCUGGCCCUCGCUGAGAAGGCCUCUGCUCUUCAGAGCUGUCAAGUUCAAACGGAGUCACUGUUGGUGCAAGUCACGGAAUGCGACAAGGCGCUUCGACGCAUGGAGCUCCAGCGCUCCCGUGACGGUAUCUCGUACGGCAUAUCUGUGUGUGUGUAUUUGUGCGCGUGUAAGCGUGUCAAGCAGGUUGGGGCCAGGGCUGCCUGAGUGUUGUUAUUGUUGUUGUUAUUGUUAUUGCAGAUUGUGUAUUGAUUUUGUGACACCCGGCAGCCCUAACCAGACGGUAUCAAAGGGCAGCUACCGAGGGGACCCGCUGCAGGGGUUUGGUUGCGCAGGGCGGAAGGGGGAAAAGCUAUCCGCGGCCGUUGCUGUACUACUACGAGCAGCAGCCCGCGGGUUAACUAGGGGCCCGGAUGACAUUCUGUCAUUGGCGUGUGAAUGUGAAUGUGAAUGUGUGCAUAAGGACGACUGUUGUGUAGAUGGACUGCUAUUUAUUAUUGGGGUGUGUAGUUGUACUGCUUGUACUGCACGGAUUAAUGAAAGAGAUUAACCCCGUGGCAUUUCCCCCCGCUCUCCGUGUCAGUGGGGGUGUUUUAGGUGUGUGUGUUCUUGUGCGGAUAGUUGGUGUGUCGGCGAUAGAGAAGGUAUAUAAGGGGGAAAGGAAUGCCGGGUAGAUGGCUUGGUGUUACCGGGGGAUGGAGCAGCAGGAGACAGGUUAACCCCCCAGGUGGACAUCAGCACGCAGUUGGAAUAUACCCGGGAUAUUCCCACGUGUCGCUUACUGAGCUGUCUGUCUUUAGGGUUAAGGCUAUGGGGUGUGUGUGUAUGUAUGUAUGUAUGUAUGUGUGUAUGUAUGUAUGUAUGUAUGUCGCUGUGUGGAGUUAGCUGUUGCGAGCACAGCAGCUGGUUGUCGUUCGAUGUUCCCCUCAACCCUUGCACACCUCCCGUCCUCUCCUUACCGUUAGCAUCUUGCACAUAAUCCCGUUUUGAGCGAGGGCGAGGCCCAUGUCCACCUUCCUCCUGAAGGGGGGCCCGCAGUCGCUCCAGGGGGGGCCCCGUAAAGGCGACCU